ACAAAACAGGUGGAGGGUGUCCGUGUUAGACCUUGCUGGCAAUCAGUUACGUUGAAAUGCUUUGAGUGGUUUAUUUGUGGGUUCGCCAUUUUGUUUUGUUGCGAACCACAGGCGAGCCUCCAUUUUGAUCAGUCCUCUUCCUGGCUCCUGGAGAAGGCGGGGAAACCGGGAAAGAGCGGGAAAGUGUUGCUAGGCGACAGGAGUGCAUGGCUAGGGGGCGCUCAGGGUGCUUGGGGCUCUCUCCUCCUCCAGCCCCUGCACUGAGCGGGCUCAGGCAGCUGGGCUCUGGCUUGGAGUGUCAGUCGUGAGCAAGGUGGGGUGACACCGACGGGGUGUUCGAUUACCGGGGAGCACACGCGGCUCGUCGGACGAGGCAGGGCUAACGCGCCUGAGACGGCACCAAGGGGCCAGGGUGGUGCUGAGUGAGGGCCCAGCCUACGCCCCUACUGUGGCUGAGUCGUUCCCCAUCCCUGUCAUCCGGAGAGGAGACUUGGAGUCAGCUUUCCCUGGAGCUGGGAUUUGAAGUAAUGACCACUGGAAACAAAUUCAAGAACUCUGAACUGAUAUUACUGUGCGAAUGGGAAGAAUGCCUUUUUGUAGGAAAAUGCAUGGAGGAAUUUUGUGAUCACAUUGCAGAACACCUGAAAGCGUAUGAACAACAUCCUCUGGCAAGAACAGAGCAGUACCAGUGUUGGUGGAGAAAUUGUGAAUUUUUGGCUACAGAUUCCAGAGAGCUUGUAACACACGUAAAUUUUCAUAGUUAUCACACCAAGUUGAAAUUUUUAGGCUCUCAGUUAAAGGCAUCACACCAAGAUUGGCCAGCAUGUUCCCAGAACAGUCAUACCCAGAAUCAGAUACCAAGGAUUUCAGAGAUGUUUGUUUGCCAUUGGGAGAAUUGCAAUGUUACCUACAACAACCCAGAAUGGUUUUAUCGGCAUGUUGCCAUUCAUGCAUACUCUACUGAGAAAGAAAACAUUCCCAAUAACAAGAAAGCUGUUUGUUGUCACUGGAAAGAUUGUUCAAGAACAUUUAAAGGAAAGUACAAGCUGUGGGAUCACUUAAGGACCCACACUCAAGAACGAGUGGUGGCCUGUCCCUCUUGUGGAGUGAUGUUUUCCAAUAAUACCAAGUUUUUUGAUCACGCCAGGCGACAGGUUUCAGAAGAUCAACAAGUAUUUAUUUGUCAGAAUUGUGGCAAACACUUUGCCAAUGAGAGGUUACUACGAGAUCAUGCAAGAGGACAUGUUACCCAUGCUACAUGUCCAUUUUGUGACGUGGUGUGUACAAGUGUUUCCUCUCUUAAAGUGCACAUCAGAUUCCGACACUGUGAGGAGCGUCCUUUUCACUGUGAUUUCUGUGAGAGUAGUUUUAAGAAUGCUUAUGAUCUCCAUAAACAUGUUGAAACACACAAUGAUUCAGAUGCCUACAGCUGUGAUGUUGAAGGAUGUGUUUUUACUUCCCGGACUUCACAGAUCUUGAGACAGCACUACAAGAAAGCACAUACAAAUAAUGGCAAGCUAAAGUAUAAAUGUCACAUCUGUCAGAAAUGUUUUUCCUGGUGUUACACAUUGACUCUGCAUCUUCGCAAGGUGCACAAACUCAGCAGCCAUUCUCGCUUCAGAUACAAAGAAGAUGAUGAUGGGUACAUGAGACUGAAUGUUGCAGUUUUUAAUACUGUCGUGGGUUUAGAUCAGGAUCUUGAGAACGAGAUGGCACCAAAUAAGUUUUCAGUAGUUCAAAAUGUUACUAAAAAAGAAAGCUAUGUCUCUUGUGAAAGAAGACAUUCAUCUGUGGAACUACAUUCCACAGGAUGCCAGAGAUGGUCAUUAACUACUGUUGAAAAGGUUAUAGUAGAAUCUGAGACCUCUAUAACGAAGCCAGUGUAUUUUGAACUUCAGACUACUCCACAGUCAUCUGAAAACUCUGCUGCUCCCUCUGAACUAGAUGAAGCAAUGACAUUGAACGCAAAGAAAGAAUUAACAGAAAUUGCACUGGACUUGGGAAUUCAGAUUGCUGUUUAAGAAAAAGGCACUUUCUUGCAUUUUACCUUGGGACCUAUUUAGUGUUCAUGGAAGAGUUCAUUAUUUUAAUUAAAUAUGACAUUUACAAAGAGUCUGCCUUAUCAUCACUUGUCAAAGUUUGUAUGUAAUGUGUACAUAUGUAUUAAAUAUGCUAAAUACACUAAAUUAUUUUAUCUGAACGUAUUAUAGUAUAUCAAAAUGGUUUUGCUGUAUGUUCAGAAUGUGAUACCAUGAGAAUGGUUAUACCUGCCAGAAAGCAAUAGAACUGAGUCAAUGGAGAUGGUAGAAGAACAGCAAUCUGGGCUCAAGGGCUUGAGGAGCUCAGUAGAGAAGUGGGACCCCCACAUUUUUCUUAAUAUCAUUGAAUCUCUUUAUUAAUAUACAUUAAUAAAAUUUAUUCACUUCAUCUAGUUCAGAGGGAGCAGCAGAAUUAACUUUAUUUGUAUUUUGCACUUUUAUAAGCUUCCCCCCUUCAUGAGGAUCAUGUUAUUGUAGGCAGAGCUGGUAGUUACACACAUAGUUAAGGUUUCCUAACAUGUUCCAUUGCCAAAUGUUAUAGUUCUGACUGAAAUCUGUCAUGCUGCACAUCUGCCUUUGCAUGAUUUGGGGGGGGGGGGAUAUCUAAGAAUGCAGUUUGAGAGAAAUACAUUUUCUUCAUAUUAUACAUAUUAUUGUACCUGUUUAAUUGAAAAGCAUGGAUUUGAAAAUUGGCAGAGAGAUGUGCCUUUUGCUAUCCCCACUAAAAUCUGCCCGUUUGGCUAAAUGAUACACCUAAAAACAAUCACAGUUCAUACAUGCUCAGUAGAGGCUUGUUAGAUUCUGUCUGUACUGAGCAUGUUCCAUUUCCACAAAUGGAACAUGGUCCUUCCAAAGGCUGCAGCGCUGAAUAGAACUUCCCUGGAAAUUGUGAUUUCUGGCCGCAGAUACUAUUGUAGUGACUGGCACAAGAACUGAGAGCAUAGAAACUCUCUCUCCUAUGCUCUUAAUACCUGCCAUUUUAGUGUCCAUGUAGAAUGGAGGAGAAGGCAGCAGUGGAGUGCUGUGGAGUGAAGAGAGGGUUUCUGUGGGUGUCGGGGAAGAUAGUGGAAUAAGACAAGAGUCAGGAAAGGGAAAACCAAAACAGGAGCCUUGAGUGAUGGUUGUGGGAAAGGGAAGAAAGAGGCUGAUUGUAGAGUGCUAGGAUAGAGACAGAGUGGAAGGGAGAAAGGAAGAGUGAGUCAGUCUUGAUGGGGAGGUGGGGAGAUAGAGAAAUGGGGAUAACAAGAGUCUAGUCUGUGCCACUGGAGCAAAACCAGGAACAGAACUCGGAAUUCUUCACUCUCACAAUUCCGUUGUCAGCAAAUGAGUAUGAAACCCACUGACGGUAUGUGCAUCUCAACCCUCUCUAGUGGGUGGUCUAAGUAGAAAAUGAUAGUGUACUACUGCUGUUAAUUGCUCCUUUAGCUCAAGUGGCAGAAUUUGUGCUGUGGACCUAAAGGUUCCAGUUCUGCAGCAGUCAAUAUGUUUCCACAUGACAAUUUUUUUAAUUGUUUGUUGUUUUUUUCUUUAGUAAUAAUUAGAAAAUAACAUUUGAAAAAAUGUAAAGUUGCAAAGUCAAGCACUUAAAAGUUAGGAAAUGCCAGAAUUAGGAUUGCUUGUGCAACCUUAGUUUAGCCCCCUUGUGUGUAUGCAUUAUGAUAGUCAUUUAUUAUAUGAUCAACUAUAAAUUUUGCUAUAGAACCUCUGCCACAUUUAGUGCACUAAUUUUGGCACGCCUUAAUUUCUGAGUGCUUGACUUGACCUUACUGUUCUUUAAACAUGGGAUAUUUGAAUACAGUUACACAAAAUUGAGGUGUACUAAAUAAAGUUCAAAGCAUUCUUUGUAUGCUAAAGCAUAGAAACAUUUACUCUCUUACUACAAAAUGUCAGUUGUUGGCAGGUCAUCAAUUGCAUGAUGACAGUAGAUUGGGGUGGAUCCAGGUAUGGUUAUUCAUUCCUCAUUUUUUUUAUUCUGAUCUUGCGCAGCCCUCUAGGUCACACUCCUUCACAGUUCUUAUAGUGGUGUAACUAUGCUUCCUGCAGUAAUCACUAUGUUUUAACUAGCUUUCCCCCCCUUUUUUGUUCAUGCUAUAUUAGUAUUGCAACAGCUGUUUUAAUAAA